CAUUUUUUCAUUGCUUGGCUGAAUGAGGCCACUGAAAGUUAUUCGAUUCGUCCGCAUUUUUGAGCAUUACUUUACACACGUUCCUGCAAUCAUACACUGCAGAUGAGAGGCUGGCUGACUGUUUAAUCAAUAAAUGAAAAGAAACGUUGCCCAGCUCUACUCGCUUUUACCUGGGAUCAGUCGUUAAUCCGCAAAAAAAAGGGUAAAGUACAAUAAUCACAGUAGGACGAAGGAAAAAAGGGAAAAAUAUGCAGCCUGCGAGCGUCCGAACAGAUGAGUCCUCUCUGCGAAAACGCCUUUCCGGACCAACCAGCGUCGACGACGACGGCGAACUCAUCGGCACUUCGAAAAUCGCUCCCUAUCACGAACCGCAGCCGUCGGUGAUGUCGGUGACGAGACCGAAACCGAGACCACGACCAGCAGAAAGGCCAGAUGACUUGACACCUAAAAAUUCGAGUCGAUUCAAACAGAAGACCAGGUUCUCGACAUUGCCGAUGGUCAGCUUCUUGGGCCUGGGUUCGCACAGCACGGAUGACGGGCUUCGACUUGGAUCCGUAUCUAGUUAUGCGUCGAGCAAGCAGGCGUAUAGUAAGACUGAUUUGGGUCCUGCUACGAUAGGUUCUGGGUUGGGUUCGAAAUUCGUGCCCCGGCGACGUGGCGUGAGGGACCACCGUCUGGGAUUCAUGUCAUCUUCCAAAAUGGAAGCAAGAAUGAUGGUUUUAGAAGAAGACUUCGUCAAAGUUAUUUUACGUCGCUGGACCCCAUUGGAUGAUGAUGCGCUGGAGACGGAAGUCAAAACAAGCGCUUCUCAAUCUGCUGUGAGACAGGACUCAAAGAAAAGAAAUGAAAUCGGAAGAAGACUGCUCGGAGUUUUCAUUGUCAUCCCGGCAUUGAUGAUCGUCGUGCAAGGCGAACUGGGCAUGAAACUUUUUGCGACGGACGAAAAGAAACGACAUCAAUGGCAAUUAUUCAUCGACCGCUUUGAUCUGGUCUACACUAUCUUGCACGCCAUAGAAUACUCUCUCGUCGUGGGCUUGUUUUUCUGGAACCGAAAAUUGCAAAAACUCCGUCAGACGAUGAAUGAAGACCAGUUCCAAGCGUACAAGCAAGAGCGAAGCGGGCGUUUUUCCACAUUCAUGAUUGAAACCUCUGAAACAGUGAGUCGCUUUGGGAAUCAUGUAUUCGUCUUCGAGAGAUCAUACGACAAGCUGAUGCAUGCGAUUUUGAAGCCCAUGGUGACGUACUUCUUCCCACUGAUGGUCUUGCUGUUGUUCCUCAUCACGAUCUCGGCACUCAUAGGCCACUUCCUGUUUGGGUUCCACGCUGCGAACGAGAACCCCGAGAUGGAUUCAAUUGCUGAUUGGAUAACGAUCCAAAAGUCGUUUAUGUCAGUGUUGGAUUUUUUCCUGGGCGAUCAGUGGGGAGACGUGUAUGAGACUCAAAGCAGGAGACCGUCGAACCAAAACAACACCGGGAAACAACUCGUCGUUGGCCUUUUUGUUGUGGUCAGCGUCGUGGGACUCGGGAUCAUUUACGCUGCCGUUUUCAUCGCUGUGCUCAUUUUCAAGGUGGGAGAGUUGAACGAGGAGGAAGUGGAGUCAAACGAGAGAGAAGAGCAGCGUCGGAAAAUCGAGAAGCGACUCGAGGAGUACGAGGAGAGCCAGCGUUACAUGUUGCACCUGCUUGAGGCGGGCAGACUCAAGACACUCAGCGAUUUGCUCGAACAGCAGAUGUAUCGAUCCUUUAAAUUCCUCGAACUCGUCGUCAAAGACCGACCCAGAACCACUAAAUUAUGGAUGGAAGGAUUCGUGACUUCCCUCAACUGGCUCACAGCGACCCACAGGCAUUUAUUGGCUAUUUAUCAUUACAUGGAAGCAACAAUGGACGAGGCAGAUAGAAUAGCGUUGCAAAUUGUGCCUUCGCCAACUCGGAUGAACAGGAUGAACGUCCGUCGAAGUUUGCACGGCCAGCAGCAGUUUGAAGGCGAGGAUUUCGAAGAACAUUGAUCACCGGUGCCAUCAUUUUUCGUCUUUUACUCGAUGAAACAUUUUUUUUUUUUCGUGACACGAGUAUACGAUGGACGUCGUUAAAGUCAAUUCGACUUCUCUCCAGCGGAAAAUUUAGAACCGAUUUUCGAUUGCUUUCAUAUUCCUCGUUGGAUCCCUGUGACAAUAAAAUCCGGAUCGAUCGGAUCGUUCCUGGCGCCAACGAAUCCGGAUCCGUCGUCUCCUGAAUUGUUCCCACUCGACUCAUGGUUUUUAGUAGCAAAAUAUAAUCGUUUUGUUCAAUCAUCCGAAGAAA